GAGCAGAACAGGCUGAUUCAUCUGGUCUCUCACUCCAGGCUUUCAGUUUCCCACUGGCUCGGAGAAGUUCAGUUAUCCAGGGGCAGCAGUGGCGGUAACAUUGGAGAGCUUGCGGCAGACAGAACAGGGAGUGUUUCCAGACAGCUGGAGAGAACAACGGUUUCCUAAGGCCUCCCUCCUCACCAACUGGCCAUGCUGACCUUCCCUUUGGUGUCCACUAUCCCUACUCUCCAGCUGUUCAUCAUCCUGCUCCUGGUGGUUUCCCUGAAUGCUCACAAUAAAAGCUGGGACAGACCUAUCUGCACCGAGGGCAUCGUGUCUGUGCCUAGAGGCGAUCCUGCAGUGAUGACCUGUAACAUCUCUAACGCCUUCACCGACAUCACCAUCCAGCUGACUGCCCAUGGAAAGGAGGACAGGACCAUCUUCAAUAAAAAGCCCCAAGGAAACUUCUCUUGGAGUGGAUGGGAGCUCCACGUUCAAGGAGGGCAGGCACAGCUUGUGAUCAAAGACACCCAAGACGACCACACAGGGAUAUACUUGUGGCAGUUGCAUGGAUGCCAGAGAUAUUACAGAAACAUCACCCUGAAUAUCUCAGGUGAGAGCCUUCAAACGAGGACAAGGUCACAGACACGAGGCUCUUCACACCCGACCCAGGUAAAAAGGUUCUCAGUCUGUGGCCAGUGGAAGCUGAAGGGAGCUGCCUGCAGAGUUGAUUCCAGAGUGAGGCCACCAGCAUGGGCUUAUCAUGUUCUUAGCCCUUGGAGGCCUAUGGAACCCCAAAUACCAUGGAAUCAUUAUUACAUGCUUGACAGAGCAAAAGACUUUGUUCAGUUUGCUGAGCACAAAAGACCUUCCCCUGAGGAUAAUGGAACCCUUGGUUCUGUGCAGAGGAGGGGACAGUCACUCACUGAAGAAGGGCCUUGAAAGCUGGAAAACAGUUUAGGCAUCUUUUGGUCACAUGAACAAGAGUACAGCCUCAUGAUUAUGGUCUUCAGUCAUCUGAUCUGCUCCUCAACUCUUUCCCAAAUUGGGAAUUACCAAGCUGUACAGCUCUUACACUCAGCACGGGCUUCUUCUGCUAAACCUCUGAGAUCAGGGUCUCUCUACUACCCAAAGAUCUCCAGCAUAAGCCUGAUGGUGCACCAAAAUUUGCUUCAAGUAGAACUUGCAGACAUACCUGAUUUCUGACUCACAAUAGAAACACGUUUGGGAAACCCAGAUGUCAGGUUCCAAGGGCCAAAAUAGGGAGACAGAACUUUAAGAUGAAUCAUCUCCCCACUCCAGCCCCUGCAAGGCAGAGUGCUGUUAGGAACAGGGCUCUAUGGAAGGGUAUAGGUGUUGGUUGGCAGGUAUGGCUCUCCUGAGGAUCAGAGAGAGUCCUUGGGAUUCCCUGGGGGCCUCUCUUCAGCAGACCCCCCCCCCAGUCUGAACUCCCUGAUUCAUAUCCACUACCGACUGUUCUGAUCUUUUGUUCUUUCUUUUGUCCAAAUUACAAUGUGAUUUUCCCUUACAAUUAAAAAAUGAUUUUUUGGUAGAAAUUC